UACGUCUGCACGGCCGGGAGCCAGGCUCUCCCCACUUGCUGCCAGAGAGCGGGGAGGGCAGGGCCGUGUGCACAGGCGGGGCUGUGUGUGCGCGUUUGCAGGUGUGAGGUGAAUGGCUCGUGUGAGUUGAAGGAGCGUUAGCCAGUCUAGACUCCCAGAAGUGAAGGGUGGGGAUGAGAGGCGGGUGCCCCUCGAGGUGAUUGGGGAGAGGGCCUUCCGCGGGGCGCACCUGAGAACAAGGUGUUCUGGGCGGGACCCGCGCCCCUCCAGCCCCUCUGGGACGACACUCCCCUUCAGCCACCCCCGCGGGGGUCCCUCGGAUUAGUGCUUAGAGGGGAUUGGGAGCUGCCGCACCUGCUGGGACCGCCGCCCCCCCCCCCCCAGGCCUGACCUCUCAGUCAUCCCGUUCGUGUGAGGAGGCCCCUGAGCCCAGUAUUUUUAAGGAGGUGAGCACCAGGCCCGCUGAGCCUCUGCAGAGCUGCCAGCCAUGCCCGGGAUUGUGGUUUUCCGGCGGCGCUGGUCUGUGGGCAGUGAUGACCUCGUCCUGCCAGCCAUCUUCCUCUUCCUCCUGCACACCACCUGGUUUGUGAUCCUGUCUGUGGUGCUCUUUGGCCUGGUCUACAACCCAAACGAGGCCUGCUCCCUCAACCUGGUGGACCACGGCCGUGGCUACCUAGGCAUCCUGCUGAGCUGCAUGAUCGCUGAGAUGGCCAUUAUCUGGCUGAGCAUGCGCGGGGGCAUCCUCUACACGGAGCCCCGCGAAUCCAUGCAGUACGUGCUCUACGUGCGCCUGGCCAUCCUGGUGAUCGAGUUCAUCUAUGCCAUCGUGGGUAUCGUCUGGCUCACUCAGUACUACACCUCCUGCAACGACCUCACUGCCAAGAAUGUCACCCUCGGGAUGGUCGUCUGCAACUGGGUGGUCAUCCUCAGUGUCUGCAUCACCGUCCUCUGCGUCUUCGACCCCACGGGCCGCACCUUUGUCAAGCUGAGAGCCACCAAGAGGCGGCAGCGCAACCUCCGGACCUACAACCUCCGGGCUGGGUACCCCAGCCCCCGUUAUGGGGGCGACAAGCUAUGCAGCCACGACAUCAACGGUGCCCUGGAGCCCUCCAACAUAGACACCAGCAUCCUGGAGGAGUACAUCAGCAAGGAGGACGCCUCUGACCUCUGCUUCCCUGACAUCUCGGCUCCAGCCAGUGCAGCCUCCUACCCCCACGGGCCGCCAGCGAUCCCGGGCUCCAGCGGGGGCCACCACCUGAGCCCCCCCGGGGGCGGACCCUCCCCGGGGCGCCACGGCUCCCUCCCCGCCCCGAGCUACAGCUCCGCGCUCAACUGCAACAACAAUGCUGUGGCCAGUGUUCCCAAGCCCUUCCUGGGGGGCUCUGGGCCCCCCAUCAAGGCCGAGCCCAAGGCUCCCUAUGCGCCAGGCACACUGCCGGAUUCUCCCCCAGACUCGGGCUCCGAGGCCUACUCCCCCCAGCAGGUGAAUGACCCCCAUCUCCUGCGCACCAUAACCCCUGAGACCCUGUGCCACGUGGGAGUGCCCUCCCGCCUGGAGCACCCGCCUCCACCUCCGGCCCACCUCCCAGGCCCCCCGCCGCCCCCGCCACCCCCACCUCACUACCCUGUCCUGCAGCGGGAUCUGUACAUGAAGACCGAGCCCCCGAUGCCCCCUUAUGCUGCCAUGGGGCAGGGGCUCGUGCCCAGCGAUCUCCACCACACGCAGCAGUCCCAGAUGCUGCACCAGCUGCUGCAGCAGCAUGGAGCUGAGCUCCCCACACACCCCUCCAAGAAGAGGAAGCACUCCGAAUCACCUCCCAACACCCUCAAUGCCCAGAUGCUGAAUGGAAUGAUCAAACAGGAGCCUGGGACAGCAACGACCCUGCCCCCACACCCAGCUCGAGCCCCAUCCCCACCCUGGCCUCCCCAGGGCCCCCUCUCACCCGGGUCCGGCUCCUUGCCCCUCAGCAUUGCCCGGGUCCAGACACCACCUUGGCACCCGCCAGGGGCACCCUCACCAGGUCUCCUGCAGGACAAUGAUAGCCUCAGUGGCUCCUACCUGGACCCCAACUACCAGUCCAUCAAGUGGCAACCACAUCAGCAGAACAAGUGGGCCACGCUGUACGACGCGAACUACAAGGAACUGCCCAUGCUCACCUACCGCGUGGACGCUGACAAGGGCUUCAACUUUUCGGUGGGCGACGACGCGUUCGUGUGCCAGAAGAAGAACCACUUCCAGGUCACCGUGUACAUUGGCAUGCUGGGCGAGCCCAAGUACGUCAAGACGCCUGAGGGCCUCAAGCCCCUCGACUGCUUCUACCUGAAACUGCACGGAGUGAAGCUGGAGGCCCUGAACCAGUCCAUCAACAUCGAGCAGUCACAGUCGGACCGGAGCAAGCGGCCCUUUAACCCUGUCACGGUCAAUCUGCCCCCUGAGCAGGUCACGAAGGUGACUGUGGGCCGUCUGCACUUCAGCGAGACCACUGCCAACAACAUGCGCAAGAAGGGCAAACCCAACCCUGACCAGAGGUACUUCAUGCUGGUGGUGGCCCUCCAGGCCCACGCCCAGAACCAGAACUACACGCUGGCUGCCCAAAUCUCAGAGCGCAUCAUCGUGAGGGCCUCCAACCCAGGCCAGUUUGAGAGUGACAGCGACGUGCUGUGGCAGCGGGCGCAGGUGCCCGACACUGUCUUCCACCAUGGCCGUGUGGGCAUCAACACGGACCGGCCCGACGAGGCGCUGGUAGUGCACGGCAACGUCAAGGUCAUGGGCUCGCUCAUGCACCCCUCGGACCUGCGGGCCAAGGAGCACGUGCAGGAG